AUGAAUAUCGACAGUACGACACCCCAGAUUACCACAUCGUUGAAUGAACUUCCUCCGGACGUGGCGCCCUCCGAGCAAUCUACCAGUCAAUUGAAGCGUCCUCCGACUUCAAGUUGCGGCUCUCCUUCCUCACAACCCCCUGCUCCUAAGCAACUCAAACAUAGUCUGUUUGGUUCCGGUCAGAGCGCAGUCCCUCAUGGCUUAGACACUAAAAAACAAAGUCGACAAGAUCGGCAAGAACAAGCCGCCAAUACUGGGAAUUUUGAAGAAUCACAGUACAACAUCUCAGGUGCGGGCAAGGGUGUGGGCGGCGUAUCAUUGCUUGAGGCUGCAGCGACAGUGGUUGCAAGUUCGGGCGGCAUGGCAAACUCAAGAAUACCCAUUCCUGGUCGAGAUUCAAUACCAAUCCGCAGUUCUACACAAGUAGAUCAUCAAGGGGUGGAGCAAAAUGUGUUAGCACGGCCGACGGCACACACAGAUCCCCACAAACCUCACGGUCUGCAGUUGCUGCACUCGAUUGGACUUGCAGAGUAUCUACAGUUCGAUGACCGGCCGACAUUUGUCGUUGACAUUCUCGAUCCGGCCAAUGCAACUGCUCCAGGAUUACACUUGGUCUUUGAGAAUAAUGCGCUCAAGGCUCGAUCGUCAGUACUGAACCAUGUUCAAGGCAGAUCUGAGGAUUCUACUCUAUUGCUCGACAUUGGAACCCCAUUCGCCGAUUUCAAGGAUUGGGUGCUUAGUCCACUCGCUGAUCCAGAUAUCGUUACUACAUUUCCAUUCGGUGGCUAUCUUUGGCAUACAUCGCUAUUACGAAAACGACUACGAGUCAUCCAUGGCCGCCAACCUCUUAGUUCCUCUUUGUCUUCCAACGAGACACAUAUUCGACCUGGCAUGCAACAGUAUCAAGGUCUAAGCUCAAUCUCUUCCUCUGUUGUUCCUGCCCGUGGCGACUUUGCCUCCCCUAGCUAUUUUGAUCUUCCUACUCGACCGACUCAAGAGAUACCCCGGACUAUGCAGAGUUUAGUAACGUCGAGUACGUCCCCACAACCUGAAUCCGAACCUUCACCUCCUCCAGAUGAGUUUGUCAAAUACGAGGAUUUGAUCUCAGGCCGCGUUUCCCCUACGCCAGAAGAGUUGAAUUUACCAUCGCACAUCAGUCUGAACGGAGAAGUGGCCAUAGUCAAAGGGCUCGAUCAGCAAGGAUUUUUCGACUGGACAAGACUACCUCUAUCGUCGUCCUUGCCACCUCAUGUGCAAUUCGCCAGAAGUAUAAAUUGGGGCAUGACCAGUCUGGGUCCAAUUGAAAAUUGGCCCGUGGAACUCCGUGGGAUGUGUAAUUUGAUCAUGGCCAGUCCACAUCCAUCUGCGAUGUACUGGGGAAGGGACCACAUCGCCAUCUACAAUGAGGCUUAUGUACUGCUAGCAGGACAGAAGCACCCUGAGUUGAUGGGCAGUCGGUAUCGAGACGCUUGGUCCGAAAUCUGGCAUGCUUUGGAAGAAGUCUUUGAUGGUGCAUUCGAAAAUGCUCAAGCCACAAUGAAGGACGACGAUUGCCUUUUCCUGACUCGCAAUGGCUUUCUUGAGGAGACAUACUUUUCUUGGUCUAUUAUACCCUUGAUUGGUGACAAUGGAGCAGUAGUUGGUCUUUACAAUCCUGCUUUUGAGAAGACCCGUCGUAAGAUUGCAGAACGCCGCAUGUUGACGCUACGCGAAAUCGGCCAAAGAACAGCCGCCGCUCGCCAGGUCAGCCAAUUUUGGGGUUUACUCAUUGAAGGUCUUGAGUACAACGAGCUCGAUGCCCCCAUGGUUUUGGUUUACUCCUUGAGUGAAGAUCUUUCAGAUAAUGAGGCUGGUUCAUCGGCUUCAAGUGGUGCUGCCUCGAACAAAGUUUGUUACUUGGAAGGCUCUUUGGGCAUUCCGGCAGACCACGUGGCGGCCCCUUCUAUCAUAGACAUGAAAACAAGUACUAAGGGGUUUGCCUCUUCGUUCAGACAAGCGCUCACAACAGAUCGACCUAUUGUUCUGAGGGUUGACGAUGGCACACUUGAUGCUAGACUUCUAGAAGGCAUCGAAUGGCGCGGCUUUGGAGAUCCUUCUCGGGUGGUUGUCAUAGCACCAAUACAUCCCACAACUGGCGAAUCGACCUUAGGCUUUCUUGUUAUGGGCACCAAUCCCCGUCGACCUUAUGAUGAAGACUACGAUCUCUUCAUUCAAUUGUUGGGUCGACAGUUGGCUACCUCAGUUGCUUCCGUCGUUCUAUUCGAGGAGGAGAUCCGGAAGGGCGAGCGAGCUGCUCAGUUGGCCGCUCAAGAUCGCAUUGAACUCAACAAUCAAUUAGUCGCUAGGACUCAACAGGCAGUCGAAGCAGAAAACAAAUUCACAAGGAUGGCAGAACUAGCACCAGUCGGUAUGUUCAUCGCCAAUAUUGACGGCAAGAUCACAUUCGUCAACGACGCUUGGUACGAUAUUUCUUCCUAUCCUCGAGAUGUUCAAGUUCGUGAUGAGUGGAUUAACUACAUCGUAGAAGAAGACCAACCAAAAGUGAAGGAUAUGUGGAAUACGAUGUUACUGAAAAGACGGCCAGUGUCUAUGGAAUUCCGUUUUAAGACUCCGUGGAGCGACAAACUUGGUAACAGGGGCCCCACAUGGGUCCUUACGAGCAUCUCUCCAGAACGCAAUGAUGAUGGUAUUCUCGAGCGAAUCUUUGGCUCAAUGACGGACAUUAGUGUCCAGAAGUUCGCCGAAAAUCUGCAAACGAAGAGAAUGGAAGAAGCUGUCGAACUUAAACGACAGCAGGAACGCUAUAUUGAUACCACCUCGCACGAAAUGCGAAAUCCUUUAUCGGCUAUACUACAAAGCGCAGACUCAAUCACAGCUUCAUUGGCAGAGCUCCGGAUGCUAGCUGGUCUUACCGACAGCCAAAAGGACAUCAUUGACCUUACAAUAGACUCAGCACAAACGAUCACCCUCUGCGGCCAACAUCAGAAGAGAAUCGUGGAUGAUGUUCUUACACUUUCGAAACUCGACUCAGCAAUGAUGGCUGUCACCCCCGUUGACACCGACCCUAUCGCUGUUGUUCACAAGGUACUCAAGAUGUUUGACGCUGAGCUAAAGACUGCUGAUAUCACUUUUGAAUUGGAGUACGAUACAUCACUGUCUGCUUUAAAUAUCGGCUGGGUCCGAUUGGACCCUCACCGGUUGUCACAAGUCCUCAUUAAUUUGAUGACAAACGCAAUAAAAUUCACAACUACCCAAGAAACGCGAAUAAUACGGAUGCACAUCGCAGCUUCCGAGGACAAGCCGUCAAAAGAAGACAAGUGGAGGUUAACUUACAUCCCGUCGCGAUCAUCAUCCAAGAACAAUGACAUCACCGCCGGCGCUGAAUGGGGUCCCGGUGAACACGUCUACCUCCAUUUCGCGGUUCAGGAUACUGGAAGGGGUUUGGAUGAUCUUGAAAAGAAGCAGCUAUUCCAACGCUUCUCUCAAGCCAGUCCUCGCACUCACGUCACAUAUGGUGGCUCUGGUCUCGGACUCUUCAUCUCAAGGGAACUGGUUGAACUACAAGGUGGUGAGAUCGGUGUUGCAUCCGAAAGUGAAAAGGGUAGCAUCUUUGCAUUUUAUGUGAAAGCUCGAAGAUCUACAGAUCCUCGCGGAGAAGCUAACGAAGAUUCAACUUCUCUGACCCCUGUGAGCCGGAAGUCUUCAAAGACGUCUGAGCUUGUCAGGACCAAUUCCAAAGUGAACAAUGCUGCUUCAAGGUUUCUAUCACCAACAGGAUCUACCAAAUCCGUCAAAGCCAUGAUCGAUCAACCCGAGCCACUUCAUGUCCUUGUAGUAGAGGACAAUCUCAUCAAUCAAAAAGUCCUCGCUGCUCAACUUCGCAAGAUUGGUUGCGUUGUUUACGUGGCUAACCAUGGAGGUGAAGCAAUAGAUCAAAUUCGACUUUCGAAGUUUAGUCGCGACCGAGUCAACGAUGGUAUGGACAUUGAUGUUGUUCUCAUGGAUUUGGAAAUGCCAGUCAUGGAUGGACAGACAUGUGCGAGAACACUUCGAGAAAUGCAGAACAAUGGAGAACUGAUUGCCCAUAUCCCCGUCAUCGCCGUCACUGCCAAUGCGCGGGCGGAGCAGAUAGAGAUGACAUUGAAGAGUGGGAUAGAUGAUGUCGUCAGCAAGCCAUUCCGCAUACCUGAGCUGGUUCCCAAAAUGAAGGAUAACAUUGCAAAGUUUGCCAGUCAACGAAGAAGUUCACGCUGA